CAAGCCUUCUCCCCCCUCCUGGUGAGCAGAAAUGGGGGACUGGAGUUUCUUGGGCGAGUUCCUCGAGGAGGUCCACAAGCACUCCACAGUGGUGGGGAAGGUCUGGCUGACCGUGCUCUUCAUCUUCCGGAUGCUGGUGCUCGGUACCGCAGCCGAGUCCUCCUGGGGGGACGAGCAGUCCGACUUCAUGUGCGACACCCAGCAGCCCGGCUGCGAGAACGUCUGCUACGACAAGGCCUUUCCCAUCUCCCAUGUCCGUUUUUGGGUCCUCCAGAUCAUCUUUGUCUCCACCCCGUCCCUGGUGUACAUGGGCCACGCGAUGCACACGGUGCGCAUGGAGGAGAAGAGGAAGAUGAAGGAGGCAGAAAGAGAGGCCCAGGAGAUGAAGAACAGUGGUGACAAUUACUACCAGCAGAAGUGCCCCGCGCCAGAGAAGGCCGAGCUGUCUUGCUGGGAUGAAUCGGGAGGCAAAAUUAUCCUCAGGGGCAGUCUGCUGAACACCUACGUCUACAGCAUUUUGAUUCGCACUGCCAUGGAAGUGGCCUUCAUUGUGGGACAGUACGUCUUGUACGGGAUCUUCCUGGAGACCCUGUACAUCUGCCAGCGGGCACCUUGUCCCCACCCUGUCAACUGCUACGUUUCCCGUCCCACAGAGAAGAACGUCUUCAUCGUCUUCAUGCUGGCCGUGGCCGUGCUGUCCCUGUUCCUCAGCCUGGCUGAGCUGUACCACUUGGGCUGGAAGAAAGCCAAAGAGAGGUGCUCCCGGGCCUACAAACCCAGCCCCAGCACAGCUCCUGGCAGACUGGAGUCCGCCCCGCAAGUGGAAAGGGCCCAGAUGUACACUCCCCCGCCAGAUUUUAAUCAGUGCUUGGCGAGUCCCAACGGGAAGUUCAUCAGCCCCUUCAGCAACAAGAUGGCCUCCCAGCAGAACACCGCCAACUUCGCCACCGAGAGGGUCCACGGCCAGGAAGAUGCUGCUGGUGAAGGGCCCUUCGUGAAGUCCAGCUACGCGGAGAGCCCGGAGGUGGCCAACGAGUGCGCGGCGCCUGCCUUCCCCGAGAGCUACUUCAACGAGAAACGCCGCUUCAGCAAGACCAGCCGCGCCAGCAGCAAGGCGAGGUCGGAUGAUUUGUCCGUGUGACCUGUCGCCGGGAGGGAUGAGGAGAAGGAGUGGUCUCGGCGCUUUGUAAAACUUCUGCAAAGUGGGCCGCAGACUCUCGCCACUAACCUCUCUCUCUUUUAACGCCCCCUUGCUCCUUCUCGGUGAACGUCAUCGUCACACUGCAGACACCUCUCACAGCUUUCGGCAGGGGCAGCCACUGGAUGCCGCACACCUGGAGGCUGAGGAGAAGCACCAGUCUCGAGGUGUGAAGCUCUCAGCCAUAUUCUCACCAUGGGACCUGCAGGGACUGGGGACUCGCCGUCCCUAGCUACAGACUGGUAGAGCACAGGCUAGCACGCUCCUGGGGCUGCCUGGCUGCUCCAAAUGCAAGGCCAGCCAUCCACUGCGACACCACAUCCAGCAGGCUGGCUGGACCUCGAUCCCCUCAGCCCCCUCGCAUCUCCUUUUAUGUCUGUCCAACACUCGCUACAGCGCUGGGCAAUUAUACCGAGCUGAAGCUUCUCUCACUGGCAGGGAGCAGAAACACACCAGCGGGCCUUCUGAAAGAAAGACUCUCUCUUCUUUGUUCUCUCUCUUUUUAACCUUCCCUUUCUCUACCUGAGCCCGGAUAUUUUAUACCAGUUUACCUAUACGAUAAACUCUACUUGAAUUUUUUUUUUUGACACUGUGCAUAGAACUGUUCCCAUAGAUAGAUAAGGACAGCCACGGUCCCCCCAUGCACAGCUGCUUGGUGUCUAACUUUGGAUUCUCUUCCUCAUUCCUACGGCAGCACAGCAGGCUGGCCCCUGGGAUAUCGCUCAGACAAUCAGUGGAUGAAGACUAGGGAAUUUUCCCAACAUACUUAUGUCAGCAAUUUUAAGCAAGGCAUCCACUAACAGAAAUAGAGAUUUUCCUCUGAGAACAGACGUCCACCUAGUAAAAAAGGAGGAAUCAUCAUGUGGAAACAAAGUGAUAUUUCCCCUUCUUAUGUUCAUCUUUCAAGCAACCUGAAUGCUGCUGAAAGGGUGCUGACAGCUGCCAACUCGGGAGAAAAACAUCCUCUGUUUACCUGCAGAAGAGGUACGGCCUGUGUCUUCUCCCUGCUACCCUACAAAAAAAAAAAAAAAAAGACACUUCAGUAUCUUUUGCAAGGAGCAAGAGGUCCCUCCAGGUCCCGCACAUCAGUGAGCUCCUGGCUGCUCUCUCAAACCUGCCAGCCACUGCAAGCCAUGAUAUCUGUCCUCCUGGCAAAUCUCUCUUCUGCCAUGAGGUCAUCUUCUUCACCUCUGGUUCACGUGGUGUAAGGAACCACUGAUGGACCACUUCUUUCCUCCACCACAGCCUCCCAAAGCAGCCACUGGCUCCCAGCACUGCACAGUGAGCCUGGUGGGUGAGGUCUGCAGGCAGCUCCCACCCUAGAUACAUUUUCUCACUGUAGAGCUGACCUUCCCCUUUUAAAGAGGGAUGCCAAACAGAGCUAAACUGUUCCUUGUUAUUUACCCUGCUGUUGGACUGUGUGAGUGAAUGGCCUGGGACCAGCUUGUGAGGGGACCGAGCCAUUCCCUCUCUUAGCAGCUGCUGAAAAAGUUUGUGAAUCCUCGCUCCCGUUACACAGAUAGCUUUGGUACAGUUCUCUGUACGUAUACAAACACACCCACACACUGGGGGGAGAGGGGGGUGAGAACUUGUUUUUGUUUUGUUUGUAAGGUGUUUUAUAAACAUGUAUUUUAUAAUCCUGAAAAGACCUGUGUGCUCGCUCUCCCUAACAUGAGAUUUUAGUCCGUUGUGCCUAGGUUUCUCCUAAUAAAGUUCUAACUCCA